CUUGAGUUUCCUGCCUGGGGGAAGGGGCAGGCGCAGAUAAAAGGCAUGCAGAGGACCCGGGGAAGCCACAGUGCCUUGGCGCUUCAAAUCCCCGCGCCUGCUCGCUUCCCUCUCGCCGCGCUCUGCUCGCCACCAUGAGACUCCCGCCCCGCCGCGCCGCCUGCAUCCCCGGCACGCCCGCCUCGCUGUGCGUGCUGGUCCUGCUGUUGCUCCUGCUGACGCCGCGGGGUCCCCUCGCCAGCGCUGGUCCUGUCGCGGUCAUAGUGAGAGAGCUGCGUUGCCUGUGUUUAACCACCACACCGGGGAUUCCUCCCAAAAUGGUCAGUAAUCUGCAGGUGAUCGCCGCGGGACCGCAGUGCCCCAACGUGGAAGUGGUAGCCACCCUGAAGAACCAGAGGGAAGUCUGUCUGGACCCAGAAGCCCCGUUGGUGAGGAAGAUCAUCCAAAAAAUUUUGCACAGGUACCUGUCCCUUUGAUCUUUGUAGUUUCUUACCUUCUUUUGGUGCAGACUUCUCAAGGUCCUGAUUUUCUGCAUGGAAUUUGGCCAUCACAUUCCAGACCACACUUAGAAUGAAAAGACUUUUUAGAAGAGAAGAAAGUUGUUCUGAAAUGCCCUAGAAAAACCCGUAUCAUU